AGACUAAAAACCAACCACCAACCAAGCAUCAUCAAAGAGAGGAUACAUAAUACCAAGGAACCCAUCGAGAGAAUCAAUCGAAGAGAUAUAGCAUUCAGCUGGCUCGUACAUGUGCAGGCUUCUCAUCUUCAAGGGCGAGCCGAUCGUCCUUGCCCAUCUGAUCACCAAACCAUCCCACUCGAUUAUCAACCAAGCCUUUGACAGCAGAUUACGAUUAGAUGCCAGACCGGUCAAUGCGGAUGGGUUCGGAGUAGGCUGGUACGACCCCGAUGUCGAAAACUCAACACCUUGCGUCUUUCAAGCCAUCACUCCUGCCUGGUCAAAUCGAAAUCUCCAUCGUCUGGCUGAAAAGAUCUGUUCUCCCCUCGUCUUUGCCCACGUCAGAGCAAGUACUUCGGGAGCACUGAGUGAAGAGAACUGUCAUCCUUGGAUAUAUGGCUCAUUGCUAUGGAUGCACAACGGUCAUAUCGCCGGUUUCAAAAACUUCAAACGGGAGCUCCAAAGUGGAUUGUUCGACGAAUUCUUUCACUUUCCUCAGGGAAACACCGAUUCGGAAUGGGCCUUCGCCUUAUUCUUAAAUGAAUUGAGCAAGGUAGCCGAUCCGAAAUCGGUCUCGUUUCCGUACACCUUACUGAAAGAGACGAUGCUCCAGACGAUCAAGCGGAUCCGAGAGCUAUGCAUUCAAGCGGGGAUCAGUGAGCCAUCGCUAUUGAACUUUGCAGUCACCGAUGGCCAGAGCGUGGUUGCGACUCGAUACGUCAACAGCUCAACCGACGAGGCCGCCAGUCUCUACUUCUCUACCGGUACCUCCUUCGAAGCUGCUAGUGCUCUCGACGGUGGACCUGCCAUCAACUCCGAGGAGUGUCAUGGCCCUCUUGAAGCUGCCCAAUAUCGAAUGAAAAAGUGCGACAAGAGAGAGAGAAUCGUCUUGAUUGCCUCCGAACCUUUGACCUUUGAGAAGACCGAUUGGCUCGAGAUUCCGUGCCAAACGGUGAUCAUCAUCACGCCAAAGAUGAACGUGCUUCAAUUCCCAAUCAUCGAUGAAUUCUUCCAACAUACCUUGACCCCUAACAGGUCCUCUGAUUACGUGAUCGGCAAAGGACUACAUUACUUGCCUGUUUCCGCAAGCCCAUCUAAGAUCUGCCCCGGGAAACAACAGUGGCGCAAGUGAUCGAGGCUGCAUUACCCCCUUUUUGCUUCGAACCCAUCUCCUUCUGCGUGCUCACCCCCGCCCCCCCCCCC